AGGUCACACAGAACGAUGCUCGUGUCUCAGCCUAACUUCCUCACUGAGUAAGCUGGAGCUGAUUUCUCGCUGCCUCGGCUCUUGCCUCCCUGGAGCCCCAUGCCAUGCAGGUGCAGGACGCACCCCGGCGGCCCUCGGCCGUGCACUUCCUCAGCUCCUUUCUCCACGGCCGCCGACACUCUACCUCGGACCCCGUCCUGCGGCUGCAGCAGGCCCGGCGCGGCUCUGGUCCCAGCUCUGCCACGAAGCUCUUGUCCUCAUCCUCCCUCCAGGUGAUGGUGGCUGUGUCUUCAGUCUGCCGUGCCGAGGGGAACCCAACUUUCCCCGAGAGAAAAAGAAAUUCAGAACGUCCAACACCAAAGUACACAAAAGUAGGAGAGCGUUUACGGCAUGUCAUUCCUGGACAUGUGGCAUGUUCCAUGGCGUGUGGUGGUAGAGCGUGCAAGUAUGAGAACCCAGCCCGCUGGAGCGAAGAGGAGCAAGCCAUUAAGGGGGUUUACUCGUCCUGGGUCACUGACAAUAUCCUGGCCAUGGCCCGCCCAUCAUCUGAGCUGCUGGAGAAGUACCACAUCAUUGAGCAGUUCCUCAGCCAUGGCAUAAAAACAAUAAUCAACCUGCAGCGCCCUGGUGAGCAUGCUAGCUGUGGGAACCCUCUGGAACAAGAAAGUGGUUUCACGUACCUUCCGGAAGCUUUCAUGGAGGCUGGCAUUUAUUUCUACAAUUUCGGGUGGAAGGAUUAUGGUGUAGCGUCUCUUACCACCAUCCUAGAUAUGGUGAAGGUGAUGACAUUUGCCUUACAGGAAGGAAAACUAGCUGUCCAUUGUCAUGCAGGGCUCGGUCGAACAGGUGUUUUAAUAGCCUGUUACUUAGUUUUUGCAACAAGAAUGACUGCAGACCAAGCAAUUAUAUUUGUGCGGGCAAAGCGACCCAAUUCCAUACAAACCAGAGGACAGCUACUCUGUGUAAGGGAAUUUACUCAGUUUCUGACUCCUCUCCGCAACAUAUUCUCUUGUUGUGAUCCCAAAGCACAUGCUGUCACCUUAGCUCAAUAUCUAAUUCGCCAGCGUCAUCUACUUCAUGGUUAUGAGGCACGGCUUCUGAAACAUGUGCCAAAAAUUAUCCACCUCGUUUGCAAGUUGCUCUUGGACUUAGCUGAAAACAGACCAGUGGUGAUGAAGGAUGUGUCUGAAGGACCUGGUCUCUCUGCUGAAAUCGAAAAGACUGUGUCUGAGAUGGUCACAAUGCGGCUGGACAAAGAGUUACUGAGGCAUGACAGUGACGCGUCUGACCUGUUUAACCCCACUGCAGUGGCGGCAGAUUUUGAGAAUCAGGAUGUGAUUCUUUCCAGUGAGCAGGAGUUUGACCCCCUUUGGAAGAGGCGGAAUGUUGAGUGCCUUCAACCCCUGACUCAUCUGAAAAGGUGUCUCAGCUACAGUGACUCAGAUUUAAAGAGGGCUGAGUCCCUCCUGAAACAAGGGGAGACUCCACGGAUGGUGCCUGCCCAGGUCUUGCUUUGCCACAACUCCAGGCAGCAGAAACCUGUUAGCCACUGUUACGUCCCACAGUCUCCAGGACUAGAUUUACACAAGGAAGCGUUGGUUCGAAGCACAUUUUCUCUGUGGGGGAGUCAGUCUAAGUGUGGAGGCUUGGAAGGACUCAAAGAUAAUGGGUCAUCACUUUUCCACAAGAGUAACAUUCCAAAGGAAGCACAGCAGAGUACAGCUUUCUCUGAAGGUGUUUCAGGCUCACACAGCCCAGGGGAGCCAGUUUCACCCAACUUUCCAAAUGCCCAUAAGUAUCUAAACCCUUCUCGCCAGCAAGUAGCCCACUGUCGGUGUGAAACUCAUGGUGAUUGGGGCCCUGGCUCUGUCAAGGAGGACAGCAGGACUCACCCAAGCCCUCUGGACUGUGGCUCUAGUCCCAAAGCACAGUUCUCAGCUGGACAUGAAACCCAGGACAACAAAGAUCUGUCUGAAGCAAUUCCGCACUCUGCUUUGCUGUCUGGAUUGAGUGUGGAAGCAAGGAGAAUACUGGCAGCGAAAGCCCUGGCAAAUUUAAAUGAGUUUGCAGAAAAGGAGGAAGUAAAAAGGAAAGUAGAAAUGUGGCAGAAAGAACUAAAUUCCCGAGAUGGAGCUUGGGAAAGAAUAUGUGGCGAGAGGGACCCUUUUAUCCUGUGCAGUUUGAUGUGGUCUUGGGUGGAGCAACUGAAGGAACCUGUAAUCACCAAAGAAGAUGUGGACAUGUUGGUUGACAGACAGGCAGAUGCCGCGGAAGCGCUGUUUUUGUUAGAGACGGGACAACACCAGACUAUUCUCUGUGUGUUACAUUGCAUUGUGAGCCUACAGACGGUUCCCGUGGACGUGGAGGAGGCUUUCCUUGUUCAUGCCAUUAAAGCUUUCACUAAGGUUAAUUUUGAUUCUGAAAAUGGACCAGUAGUUUACAGCACCCUGAAGAAAAUAUUUAAGCACACUCUGGAAGAAAAAAGAAAAAUGACAAAAGACGGCCCUAAGCCUGGCCACUAGUGAAGCUGACUUUCUCUCAAGAUGAGUAUUUCCGACCUAAAUACCCAGUUCAUAUGUGAAUAAGUUGAAGUUUGCGGAGCUACCUUUUCCCAUAGCACUUUACUUUGAAUGCUGUUGUUUGUGCUGACAACGAUCGUUCCUAGUUGGAGCAAUUAUUUAUUUUAAAGUAUCCUCGAACUACAUUUUUGUUUUGGAAAAUUGCCAUAAAGUUGGUGCCACUUCCUUUUAUUUAUUUCACUGAAUUUAUAGUGUUGUAUUAACAUUUUAAAUAUGUGGUGUUUACAUUCUUAUUCUUUUUGAUGUUUUGGAGAAAGUUGUAACUCAUCUUUCCAGAACAACCAUUUUCUUGACAGAACUCUUCCUGGAGUUUUUACCAAAUAGAUAAUUUCAGUAGUAAAACCUCACUGUGUAUCCAUCCCCCUGACACAUGACCUAAGAAAGUCACCAAGUGUCUUAAACUGUUUUAUAUUUGUUACCAAGAAGGCUAUUGAUAAAAUAUUUUUUAAAGAAUUUUUUAAAAACUUUCUUUGAAAUUAUUUGUUUUUCCUUUUCAUCUUACAGAUGUGACCAGGGGUUUCAAAGUGUGUUAUUUUUCAGAGCGAUUUACUUUUACUUUAAGGGAGUGACUGUGAAGUGGUUGGGAUUUUUUACUUGUAGUAAGUAGACUUGCUCUUUGUCAGGCUUCCAGACAACUUCGCCAGCCUUGGCUGUCAUAAGGAGGCAGGAGCAGUUUUCAACACACCAGGCCUUAUUCCCACUCCCUUGGGUUGCUGCUGAGCUAAACAGCAUCUUUACAAAGGCAGUGGAUCAGAGGCGGGCAGCGUGGGAAGUUGCUAAGAAGCAGGACUUGCCUCUGUUUUCCCAGGGACUCCACAGGGACAGUCUUGCGGGGGCCAGGGCUCUAUGCCAGCCCUGCUUUAUCAGGGUGCUGUGCCACUCUGCAGAGGCAACUGUCGGAGCUGGAAGAAGUCAGGGCUGGGCCACUGCUCAUGCUGAUGGUGUAUGAGCGUGAGCAGCCUGGCCCUGGCCCCACACUCCCAAAUCUGCCACUCCAAAGACCCACUUGCCUUAGGGCUCUAUCUUUUGCUGCUUUUUUACCAUGAGAAAUAAAAUUUUUAAAUUGAAUUUGACCCUAUGCAGGUUACUUUCACCCUAACUGGCAUCAGAUAAGAAAAAGUGUCUAAACCAGUUUGUUAUAGACCAAACUGUCAAUCAGCAAUUGAAGCCAUGACUUUUGUUUAAAUUAAUAUGUGGUGAUACAAGGGGCCAUGCCAUGGACAGGAUAGUAGUUUUUCCCAACAAAGGUGAUACUGAUCAGACCAAUUUCAAACUGAAGAAGCUACUAUUAAUAUUUAAUCUUAAAGAUGGAAUUUCAGGGGAAACCAGACUAAUUUAGAACAAAUAAAAUUCCUCCAACUCUUACAUUCCUGAAUUAAGAUCUAGCACAUCAAAAAUAUUUUAGUCAUUAUCAGUUUAACUAACUCUAAUGACAAACGCUAAAUGCAGCAUUCUUCCACAUUGUUUGAAUUUUCUUGGAAAAUCAAAUCCAAGUUAAUGAACUAGGUUGCCCACUCCUGAAAUGUCUUAUUUUCAAGUGCCUGGCCUGGGAAAGAAAGGAGGAAACAGUUGCAUUUCAUCCAAAGGUACAUUAUAAAAAUAGGGUUUUUACCCCCAAAAAAGUUUGUUCUCAGUCACCUACACAUAGGCAAGGACAUGACAGCUCUUUUGACAAGCCAGCUGUUUGUUUGCCUAUGCAUGUGAAACGCUCGUUUCAAAUUAGGGAACAGUCAUGAUGUGACCGCAGCGCUGCAUGUCUGACAGUCUAAGCACACAAGCCCGAAAAGCCUGAAAAAGAGAUAUGAUGGGGACAUUAAUCCGGCUAUGUAAAAGUAUUGUAUUUAUUUGAAUAAAAGUGAAAAAAAAAAACCC